UUCAGUGUGAUACGCAUGCUUUUUCACUCAGAAAAUUUCCGGUUUGGAUAUGAAGACGCGUAUGUGUCGGCGAGAAAACUCGCUAGUCAGAAUCACUAAAUUGUUGGACUAACAACGAAACAGUGAAAGAGUCGUCGAUAUUCUAUGGUGCAAUUUGCUUCCUACAACGGAGUUUCGUCCUAUGGUGAAGUGAUGGUCUCCUUGCUUAAAUUCUUACGAUGAGAGCCCUUGUUUUCUGUGUUAUUUCGUCCAUAUAUUUUAACGGUUACAAUUCUGUUUACGGGGUUGAGACUACAUCAGGUCCAUCCGCUACAUCAAACGAGCAGUUUACAGUUCCGAAACCAGCGAUCAUAUUUUUGGGAUUUCUUGGAAUAUGUCUCUUAGUUGUAUUUAUCUUGUACAAGAUUCUCCACUCCGAUAUUUGUAAACUCGAUCGUAAUAAAUUGGCCGGUGUAAGUCAAGCUGAAUAUGCAGAACUUGGACAAUCAGCCGCAUUAGAGGACGAAUCCCUCGAUGAGUCAGAUAGUGUGGAUUUCAUUGAACGAGAGACAACUGCAAGCGAUAGGAGUGAUGACCACCCUAUGCACAAACCUGCGCCAUACGUCAAGAGCAGGAGCCUGGGUGACCUGUUUGCUGAAAAACCACGUCAGCCUCCUGCACCUCAGAGGAAGCUAACUCAGUGGGAGAGACCGUCCAUAGAAGCUGUCAAAGCUGCAAGCCAUUUGAAUGUUCUCUCUGCUUACGGAGAUACGGGCGGUGGUCAGCGCGUUCGGAGGAAGUCGCGCAAGGAAUCACGUGGGGAUAUAACUUGCAUCGCAAAAAUUCAAGUUUCUGUAGCAUUUGCGCAGACGGCCCAGAGAUUAGAAGUGACCAUCAUCCGAGUGCAAGACUUCCCCGAAGCAAUUUCCGUGAAUAGUGCUACUUCGUCAAUGUCAAUCCAUCUGACCCUGAUGCCGUCGAAGCGAUAUCGAUUCAAAACGAAGACGAAGUCGACCUCCGAUGUUACUAUUAACGAGACAUUUGUCAUGCGCGGCGUAAGUGCCAACGAAUUAAUGGACAGCAGUCUACGAUUUCGAAUCUACGCACAGGGUUCGAUGAAGACAGGAAGGCUUCUGGGAGAAACACAAACCCACGUGACAGAUUUUGAUUUGGAUGAUAUGGUUUCAACUAUGUGGAUUAUGGUUCCACCGGCUGAGGAACAUAAAAAAUCGUCUUCUAAACAAAGAAAGUAAUACAUUGACGUCACAUUGGAUAAAUUAUUGCGCGUAAGUGUUUUAUUUGAUAAGUCCUUCAGCCGUUACCUUUAAGUUUUAACCAGCAGCAGGUUUUUAGAGCAUGAGGCGAGAACCACUUUAAAUGCCAAACAAGAGAGACUCCAGGUCACACUGAGCAGAGAACAACUUAGGCCCUCUUAGAGCAGUAGAAGUCGGGAAGACGGGGAUGCAAUUUUAUUUCAAAACAUGAUUGAAGUCUGUUUUCACUUUACAAAAGGACACAUACUGAGUUCUUAAACAUCCUUUUCCUGCCAGUCGUAACCUUAAGUUUGCGUCACCCUUUCUGAGGAACCAGAAAUCGGCCCCUUGUUUCUUCAGUGACGUCAAAAAUUAAUUGCUCAUCGUAGUCCAACAGCUCAGUUUUAUCGUUGUAAAGGUAGAAAGAAACGUAAAUGUGACACUAGUUGAUGAGUCAUUUGAGGCAAAUUUUUGGGUUUACCUUUGAAUUACGCAAAAUGCGGUGAAUUUGGAUAGCACUUAAUGGUUUUCACCGUGCUUAAGACGGAAAAAAAGUCUAACAUUUUUAGGUGUCAAUGUCGUCACCAUUGCUUUUAAUGUAACCCUAAAGAAAGGUCGCCUUCAAAAAGGGGGUUAUAUUCUAUUGAGCGUACGGAAAGGCUGUCCCAAGCUUUGUUUACGAUCGAGAAGGGUCAUCCUACCAGUUUAAGUUAUACUUAUAUAUCUGCAGACGAGGUUAACCCUACCUGGGUGGGACCAAGCUUAGCGACCUUUGUUCACAACAAAAAAGCGCGCGUUCUCCAUUUCACUUUUCAAAAUUCUAACGAAAUUACACUCUGAAACGAUCGCGCGGUCGGUAAACACUCGUGAUUGAAAAAAACUCAGGGAUAUAUCAUUAAUGACGAUAAACUCAUUCCCCUCCGUAAUGUUUCUGUAUGUGAAAUGAACGGUGUACCUAUACUAGCUAAAGAGUGUACUAAUCACCUGUCCCCUCGAAUAGGAGGCUUUACUGAAAAAUUUAGUUCAAGCCGAGAAGACCUUCUGAACAACCCAGUAGUUGUUAUUUAGAAUUUGUAUUAUCAUCAACAUCACUGAUUUAUUAUAAUUAAUUUAUUUGGCAUAAUUUUUGAAAGCACAAUUUUUUUAAAAAAAAGUGCGCCAUAAAUUCUAGGGAUGUUAUGAUUCAUCUUCAAUUCAGAGAUCAACUUAUUUGUUCAUGUCAUUUUUGAAAUCCCACUAUUAAGACAUCAGCUUCUAUGAAGCUUUACGUUGCACUUGUUUUUCUUCUUUCGUGAUAUCUCCCCUUCUAAGGGUUUCCCAAACAUUUGUUCUUUUGAUCCCGAAAAUGAUGACCUUAAACUUCAGAAACGAACAGGAAAAUACUCCAUUUCCUCCCACAUGUUAAAAGUGUGUAAGAGUACAUACCAUAUUUUAGUUUACACUCUUAUUUCAAGAAAAGAUAUGAUUAUUUUUAUAUAUUUAAGAUAUAGAACAUUAUUAUUUUCGAUAGCUGGAAUUCCACUAACUUGUAACAACUUAAGAAAAUUAGUACGUCGGCAUUCUUAUUUGACAUCUGAUUGUAAGUGAUGCAUUAAAAAAUCACGUUACCCUUUCACUUCCAAGAUCUCCUUAGUAAUUCUCCCUAUUGUCUGCUAUACAAUUUUUUAGAGGUUAGUUCAGAGAGUUUAGAAUGGUAAUUGAAUUGAGUGGAGUACAAUUUGGGCUGAAAUCAUACGCGUGACUUCAAAAUCGAACGCGCGCGCAGUGCGAGUUCGAUUUUGAAAUCACAAG